AGGAUUAUCUCACUUCUCACAUGUUGCUCUCGAUCAUUCUUUCCUUUGUGAUCGAAACAAUGACGGCUGAGUGUCGAAGGCUUAAAACUGUGAGGACGCAACGGGAACACAAAUGCACAGGCGCUGGGAUACACUACACUCCUCCAAAGAGCUAGAUAACAGUACAGGAAAGAGGUGGACACUACAGACACAGAGAAUUGUGUGUAUUUCCUCAGUGUGUGUUAGGACUCUGUCCUGGGCCUGGCCUCCAUGCUCUUCACGCUGGCAGGAGGAGGCACGCUGAGUGGCGUCGCCGCCCUCGUGCUCCUCAUCGUUUCCACGGCAACUGACUCCUGGCUGCAGUAUCGUUACUCUGGAAACUUUGCAAAUCAGGGCCUGUGGAGGUUCUGCAUCAACAACAAGUGUCAUGCUCAUACUCUCACUGUGGCCUUCUGGGAUGCCACCCGAGCUUUCAUGCUGCUGUCUGUGUUGAGCUGCUUCGCCGGCGUGGUGCUGGGUCUCAGUGCCUUCUCUAACAGAACCAAAAACAAGAGGGUGAGAACUGCAGGAAUCGCUCUACUGCUGUCUGGUUUCUUUGCUCUGUUAGCUUUGGCAAUCUACACUGGCAUGACUGUGAACUACUUUAGCAAGCGCUACAUUCAAUGGAAGCUCUCAUGGUCCUACAUCCUUGGCUGGCUUGGCACCAUUUUGGCUAUAACAGCUGGCAUCUUCCAAAUUUGUGGCUAUCGUAGACACACUGCUGAACCAGCACUUCAAAGUCCUACAGACAGCUGAAUUUCGCCUCGGCUGUAAACUUUAGGCUGAGUUUCAACUAUUGCAAGAUGACUU